AUGGCAGCAACAGUAUCUUGGAUCCCUCUCCUUGCAGGUCUCCUGGCAGGGCUGAGGGACAUCAAGGCCCAGCAGACAACUUUAUAUCCACUCGUGGGUCGUGUGUUUGUGCAUCCUUUGGAACACGCCACCUUCCUGCGUCUUCCAGAACACAUUGAGGUGCCACCCACUGUCCGACUCACCUACCACGCUCACCUCCAGGGACAUCCAGACCUGCCCAGGUGGCUGCACUACACACAGCGCAGUCCCUAUAACCCUGGCUUCCUCUAUGGCACCCCCACUCCAGAAGAUCGUGGGCACCAAGUCAUUGAGGUUACGGCCUACAAUCGGGACAGCUUUGACACCACUAGACAGAGGCUGCUGCUGAUAAUUGGGGAUCCCGAAGGUCCCCGGUUGCCUUACCAAGCUGAGUUCCUGGUGCGCAGCCAUGAUGUGGAGGAGGUGCUGCCCUCUACACCUGCCAACCGCUUCCUCACCACCUUGGGGGGACUCUGGGAGCCAGGGGAGCUCCAGUUGCUCAACAUCACGUCUGCCUUGGACCGAGGAGGCCGAGUCCCUCUUCCUAUUGAGGGCCGGAAGGAAGGGGUAUACAUUAAGGUGGGCUCUGCCACACCUUUCUCCACCUGCCUGAAGAUGGUGGCAUCGCCUGACAGCUAUGCCCGUUGUGGCCAAGGACAGCCUCCACUACUGUCCUGCUAUGACACCUUGGCACCCCACUUCCGUGUUGACUGGUGCAAUGUGUCUCUGGUAGACAAGUCAGUGCCAGAGCCCCUGGAUGAGGUGCCUACUCCAGGGGAUGGGAUCUUGGAGCACGAUCCAUUCUUCAGUCCACCCACUGAAGCCACAGGCCGAGACUUCCUAACAGAUGCCCUGGUGACCCUCUUGGUGCCCUUGCUGGUGGCUCUGCUGCUCACCCUGUUGCUGGCUUACAUCAUGUGUUGUCGGCGUGAAGGACGUCUGAAGAGAGACAUGGCCACCUCUGACAUCCAGAUGUUUCACCACUGUUCCAUCCAUGGGAAUACAGAAGAGCUUCGGCAGAUGGCAGCCAGCCGUGAGGUGCCCCGGCCCCUUUCCACCUUGCCUAUGUUCAAUGUGCGUACAGGAGAGCGGUUACCUCCCCGAGUAGACAGCGCACAGAUGCCCCUCAUCCUGGACCAGCACUGAGAGGCCUGCCAGCUCCAGCUCCAGCUGCACCACUCAGAGCUGCUGACCUGUGAAUACAUCUAUGAC